AUGUUAACUACCUUCCACCGCAUGCUGCUGGCCGCCGCGUUCUGCGUCUUCUUCACCAUUUUCCUGCUCCGCUUCUCCCUGCAAGUCGAGGAUGCCGUCCCCCAGCUGCCCACCACCCAGGACGAGCUGUUCCCCUACGACAUCUACGAGAACCAGUCCGUCGCCAUCCCGCUCUCCUCCUCCUUCGAGGAGACCCCCACUCCCGAGGGGUGGCGAUUCCAUCCCGCCCGCGACGCCCGCAACUACGGCCUCAACGAGGAGCAGUGCGACUGGACCUUCCCCAACCUCUGGAUCGAGCUUGAGAACGCCGCCAGAGUCCGUCGCAACAAGGGCAAUGUCACCAAGGAGGACCUGGACAUCACCUGGCGCGAUGACGCCAUCACGCGAUGCAUGAUCUACGACCACCAGCUCUACAUUCUCGAGACGAGGGGGACCACCCACCGCCGCGACUACCGCGAACGCACCCUCGCCGUCCUCCACAACAUGCACCGUGCCAUCACCUCCUACAACGGCCCGCUCCCCAACAUUGAAUUCGCCUUCUCCGUCGACGACUGGGUCUACAGCGACAUCAAGCAGGAUUACGAUCACAUCAUCUGGGGCUUCACUCGCCAACCCGAGUGGCCGGAUGUGUGGCUGAUGCCUGAUUUUGGGUACUGGUCGUGGCCCACGGAUCCUGUCGGCGCUUACCAAGACGUACGGAAUCAGAUGGGCGUCCGUGAGAAGACGCAGGCUUUCAGCGAGAAGAAGCCCAAGGUCGUUUGGAGAGGAGCUGCUAUGACGGAUCAACGCAAGCAGCUGAUCAAGCAAUGGGGCCAGAAGUCAUGGAGCGACAUUGUGGCGCUGGACUGGAACGACCCGGACGUUGAAGAGAAAUUCGUGAUUAUGCCGGAUCACUGCCAAUGGCAGUAUGUGCUGCAUACUGAAGGGCGCUCCUACUCUGGCCGCCUCAAAUAUCUCCAAAACUGCCACAGCGUGCCCAUCAUCCCGCAGAUGCACUGGAUUGAGCCGCAUCACAAACUCCUCAUCGAUCAAGGUCCGGCGAUGAACUACAUCCCGGUGAAAUUCGACUUCUCAGACCUCGGCGAGAAGGUGGAGUACUACAUGGAUCACCCUGACGAAGCCGAGCGCAUCGCCGACAACAGCGUCGCUAUGUUCCGCGACAAGUAUCUCACGCCCGCCGCCCAAGCUUGCUACUGGCGCAAGCUGUUCCGUAUGUGGAGAGACGUUAGUUUCGAGCCGGAGCUCUCUGAAGAUUAUGGGAAGCCGCGCGGGAUUCCGUUUGAGACUUAUGCCCUGCUUGACAUCUAUGACUCGAACCCUUGGAGGGAUACCGAGCCUGCGCCGACAUCAAAGUAG